AGUAACAUGAAUAUGUAAAAAAUAAAAAAAAUAAAAAUAACAUUUCUAAAGUAUUUUAAUUAAUGUGCUUCAUGGUAAAGUCUAAUUUUAGGAAGUGGGGACAGGCAACAAAUGUUUUUCCUCAGGUCUCACGGUAGUUAAAAUUAAUCUUUUGAAUUGUAUUUAUUAAAUAUGCAAUCAUAUAAAUGUGAAGGAUACUUUGUUUACUCUCUCAAAAAUAUUUUACAGUUAAUUCAAUGGAGCAUGAAUAGAUUUUAUUCCCUGGGUUCGCAAAAGAUACUGAUUCAUUGGAAUAGCCCACUCCCUUAAGAAAAAAGGGAUAAUGUGACGGAUUGACCCAUGAAUGAUUUCCAUUUCUUUAUUUUACAGAUGCUGUCAAACAACAGGUUGUUAGGAGUCAUGAGUGUGCGUUUAUGUAAGCAUGGCCAACCUAACGGUGCCUCCUUACUUUAACCUCACCAUGUUUGUGAACAUCGGUCCGUACCGCUACCCGGCGUUGGCCACGUGCCUCCUCCUUUACGUCUUCAUCGUGUGCGCCAACUGGGCCGUCGUGCUGACGAUCUGCCGCGAGAAGACCCUUCACAAGCCCAUGUACAUAUUCGUGGCCAGCUUGUCCUUCAACGCCCUGUACGGCUCCACGGGCUUCUUCCCCCGCUUCCUGCUGGACCUGGCGUCCGACACGCACCUGAUUUCGCGCGUCGCCUGCUACACGCAGAUCUACUUCAUCUAUACGUACGCCACCAAUGAGAUGACCACGCUGUGCGUCAUGGCCUAUGACCGCUACCUGGCCGUGUGCCACCCGCUGCACUACCACACCAGGAUGACGGUGAAAAAGGCCCAGACUCUGGCCGCCCUGGUGUGGCUCUCCUCUGUCUUUAUCCUCUUCACGGCCAUCUACAUGUCAGCCAAGCUGCCACUGUGCGGCAACAAGAUCCAGAAGGUGUUCUGCGCCAACUGGAACGUGGUCAAGCUGUCGUGCGUGCCCACGGUGGUCAACAACGUGGUGGGCAUGUCCAUAACCAUCUGUACCGUUUUCUUCCCAUUGGCUUUCGUCUUUUACACGUACACACGCAUCAUAAACGUCACCUGGAGAAGCUCGGCCAAAUUCAAAGGGAGAGUGUUCCAGAGCUGUUUGCCGCACAUGAUCUCCUUUGUCAUUUAUUCCAUCACCGCGUUUUGUGAUAUUGCCCUGAGCAGGUACAACAUAGAGGAGAUGAACCCCUUCGUGGCCAUCAUCUUAUCUCUGGAGUUUGUGUUUAUUCCGCCGCUCUUCAACCCUCUGGUGUACGGUAUGAAGCUAACGGAUAUACGCAGACACAUCUUCAAGAUGCUGUAAGAUCGUGGCUAAGCAUCGCUAAUGCCUACUCUACUGCUUGUCCUCAUUAAAAGGGAACUAAACACAAUAUUUCAAAUUUUUUACAUUUUAAACGUGCAUAUCAUCUUUAUCUGAUUCCGUUGAUUUAACUCUAUGAAGAAAAAUGCGUUUAAAACACCACAUAUACUCACCUACGGGUUCUGCCAUUUGUACUUCAUUUCACUCUUGCGAGUGUGCAAAGUUGCGAGAAUGGGACGUGUAUCAGUCCUUCUAUCCUGCUCGCUUUAUUUACUGACAAAACUAGAGAGUUGGUAAGUUUUCUGCAACGACAAGCUAAACAUUAGUCAGAUCCACUCAUCUAGCCAGUUAGUGGCAGACGCGCUGACUCCCGACGGCUGUUCUCAUCUGUCAUCAGUCGUUGGUGUUAGCGGCUAGUGGCUAAAAGCUAGCUGCCGUAACUAUUUGCCCACGGCGUUUGGCUGGGGAGCGCGGCCAUUUGGCUGAUGCUAACAGCCUGACAGAGUUGCGGUUCCAAUCGAUCCAUUCUUAACAAACCACGCUUACUCAGAUGUAAGGCAAAAAAGCUACAGUAAUUGCAACGUCACUUCUUUACUUUCGGUCUCUUCACUUUUCUCCCAAAAUGGCGGUGCUUGUACGUUGAUGACUUAUUCCAUUUAAUUAUUAUUUCAUAAAUAUAAUAGUAAUCAGAGUACUGUUUUUGGAUAAUGCUGCGUUCACACCGAACGUGAAUUGGACCAUUCGCGCUACGUAAUUACAUAGUGUUUAAAGUCAAUGUAGUCUGCGUGAGCGGGCGCGAAUCCGUGCCAGGCGACGCCUAUGACGUGACGCAAGUAGGGCGAGCACAUGAAAAUCCGUCUCAUUCGCAGAUUUUAACUGCAACUAAAAUCACAAAUUGCGUCCUGAUUGCCAAUCGGGGUCGAGAACGGUGAGCAAACGGCCAGCUUAGCGGACGGGACGUGCCGCACCCUGCUCAAAGCGCUUUGUCGGUGGCUGUGAAAGUUGUGGGCUGGA